AUGUACGAAGGGAUUGACAACCUGAAAUCCCUUUACGACCGUGCCGGGAAGAAUUUCUCCGGCGGUCCUUCUGCGGCACAGGAUGUGCCGCGUCGUACUGCUCAACCAGACCCAGUACGCCAACUAUCAGUUGGGAGCGGGGCUCCCAAGAAUCCCAGGACGGGGGAUAGCCGCGCCACCGGACGAGAUAACUCGUCCGACGUCCGUUCACGUCGCGGUGGUUCAACAGCUGCUCAACUAGAUAGCGCUGGCCGCCGCGAGAGUCCUCUAAUGGAGGUGGAGGAGGAGGAAAGACGCUCUCCACACGAUCAUGUGGAUCGGUAUGUUCCCGAGAGCUUCUUUGAUCGCGUAACGCAAGGGUUACGCGACGAUCUCGAACAUGAGCGGAAUAGGCGUCUCCAAAUGGCGGACACUGCCUCGAAGCAUCGAGCUGAGUUUGCCUUUGCUCAGCUUGAGAACGAGAGAUCUCUGACAUCUCUUCGUGACGAGCUAAGGGUAGCUCGUGGGAUUGCUGAUCGGUCUCGGGAUGAGAUAGCUGCUCUUCAGACCCUUGUUGAUGCCCACCAUCGGGAGCACAAGGCUCUCUGCGAGAUGCUUGAGCGCAAGGGCGUUCUUCAUCGGAAGAAGCAUCGUACUGAUGGUACGGCUUAA